CAAAACAUAUUGAAGCAGAAAAUAACUUCGUGUUGUAGCGCUGUAAGAGAGAUAGUGUUUAGAGCCAAACUUUUUGUGAACUGGUAUCUUUCGAAAACCCCAAAUGAAUCCGUACCUGAUGGUAUCUUUCGGCAACAGUUUUGGUAUCCUGUUUGUCAACUGGUGAACAAUAGAGAACUUAAAAACACCAAGCUUCUGCCACAAAUUUUUUUACAAGAAUGGGAUAACUUCAAAGCUGGAAAUCCUAAUGCCACUUUUAAUGAAGACUUGAUUGGAGGAGCUAGCCAGUGCAUCGCCGAGGCCUGCAAGGAGCUGGCAACCACCUACGAGAAUGCAGUUGUAGAAAGACUUGAAAAUAUAUUGAGAAGAUUUUUGCAAUAUCAAAUUCGAAUUAUGCUUGUUUCCAUGGCUCCGAAAGAUGUCGAUGAUAUUGUUAUAAAAUAUGGAUAUCAGUAUGUAUGCCAAAGUGAAGCGGUGUGGCCUGAACAGAAAUCACUUGAAGACCCUAUGAUGAAACGAAGAAUCGAUGAACUAUGCCUGCCACUUAAAAACAAACUCAAUGCUAGAGUUAGUAUAAAAUCAUUAGCUGAUAACCCUGGCUCUUUUGUUCCUCUGUUGUUUCAUAUACUGGCUGUCUUUGAAAGGGAACAUCAAUCCCAUAAAGCGUUUGACGUUAGAAGACUUCCUUUACCAAGGCUGUUCAAUGUAUUCCCUUCAGCAUCAUGCCAUUGGCGAUCAGUGACAAUUUCGGUCAAUGCAUUAGCAGCAUUUCUUCCUGGUGAACCACUCCCCAAAGGGUAUAAUGAUCAGCUGCAUUUAUUUCACAAGGUAUUUGAUUUUAAACCGCUUAGAACCAAAUCGUAA